AUGUUAGUGCAACCAUCUUGUUCCAAGCCACGACCAAACGUCGAUUCCGUGCGCAUGUUGAAGCUUCUGCCAGUGCGCUCUUAUCCCCUUGCUCUUACCCUGGCCCUCGUCGAACCCCAUCGUGCAUCCGUUUCAAGAUGCCAAGUGCGACAUUUCAACAGACUUGUGCUAUACGACGAGUUCAAGUCCAACGAGAGGUUCAAGAAGAUGGUAGCGAGGAAGUGGAAGAUGCUCGAGGCUAACCCCUCUCUCGCUCGCAAAGUUCGCGUCGUCGACAUUACGAUUGGAGAGGAGCACAAUACCACGCUAUUCGGAGACCCGACUUUCCUCAAGAUGCUGGCGCUACUGAGGAUGUCUCCGGUCCCACCGCAUACAUUCCGACUGGAACAGCCGUCUGCCUCGCUGCAGCCAGAGAAUCUUUUGAAAGCGUUGGUGCAGUCGUCGCUUCAUCAGACACUAAAGGAAAUGUCCCUGAAGACACUCGUCUACGACGAGGAUUAUACGACCAUCCCACUCUCUAUUUUCCCGCUAUGCUCUAACCUCAAAGGCCUAUCCUUACGCGACUUCAAAGUGAUGAAGACGCUGGAAACUCAAUUCGUUCCGGAAGGUGUCGACCUGAAGCCACCUCGAAUUGAAAGUUUGGAUUAUCGCCAUUCAGCUCAGAUCGUUGAACAUCUCCUGAGGCUCCCAGCUGUAAUUGAGCCGUUGGUCGAUCUUACCAAUUUGCGAUUUCUCAAAACCUGUGCGCACGAGCGUAGCGACAUGCUUUGUGUACAGCCUAUCUUAGAUGCAACAAGCGAGACGCUCGAAGAGCUCGACCUAACGACUCUCAGCACCUCAGACAUUCCCCAUGAGCGUCUUCAGCUUGCGCUAGCAACAUUGGUGAACCUCAAGCCCAUGAGCAAGUUGCGCAGUCUCGCACUGUACGGCAUUCUCAACUGGAGAAGAGAUCCCCUCGUCCUCCGUGAUUUCGCAGCCGUUCUGAGGAGCCUUCCUAUCUUAAAUUCCAUUACGCAGCUCUUGUUGAAAGUCUCAAUCUACAGCAAGCACCCUUUCCAAGAAUGCCUCAUGGAAGACUGGGAAGGCAUUUGUGAGGAGGUUGUUCGUGUCGCCGCUGGCAAGCCCCUCAAAUUCCAUUUGGAUUUGACCGUCGAGAUCAAGAGGCUCUGUGAGCCAACACCGGGAGAUGCUGUUCUUUAUGGAAUGAUUGAGGACCGUGUUCGCGCUGCGCUCUCUGAUUACCCACAUAUCAGGUUCCACCCAUUGAAUUCCAUUUCGCGCUAG